AUGAGAUCUUCUCUUGGAUCAGCCCCUGGAAGGUACACGGACCCCUUUUCAAGGUCCAUUUCUCCCAGUAAGGCCAAAAGAAGCGAAGUCUUUCCGGAUCCUGUAGCACCAAAAAUGAUAUUGAUCUUUCCCGGCUUGAAUUCGAUGUUGAUGUCUCUAAGAGCAAACGAGUUUUUGGAGUUUUUGGACCAGUGCAAUGUGGCAUUUUCAAAUCCAAUUGCAGGAGAAUUUGGGCCUCUUGGAGUUGUUAGUUGCUCGUAUUUUGUAGUUUCCGGUUCAUUCAAAUAUUUCUCAAUUCUUCCAAUGGAGACUUUGGUUUGCAAAACAAACGAUAUCAAGUCUCCCAGCAUAUCCAGCGGUGACCUUAACAGAUUGAAUAGCGACAGAGCAGUGAAUGCAACUGGGGUGGUCAACCGUUCGCCCUGA